ACAGUAAAAAUCCAAAAAGAGAACCAAGGUCAAUACCAGUGUACAGUUUUGGCACAACACGCCCUCGAUAAAAGUAGUAAUUCCAACUGAUAACGAUUUCCAAUCAGUACUUGCGAUAACAGAAAUGUCCGAGUUCUGAACUAGCGAACAUCAUGACCACGAUCAAGAAGUAUUUCAAAGAAGAACUGCAAUGGAGAAAUUUAAAUUUGGAACAUUCGCGGCCGGCUGACUUCUACCUGAGCGUUUGGCAGUCGAACCGCUCCACGGCGCCACUCUUAGUGCUGCGGACGUUGCUCUUUCUAGCAUCUCUAGGGAUCACUGUGACGUCCAUUGUGUUAUAUAUUAUUAAUAGCUGGGUUGGAUUUUGGUGGAUCUACCUUACUCAUUGGGGACUCUCUGUUUUAACGCUAGCUACUGGAUUCUCAGUUGCAAUAUCAGCACGUUGUUACUUCUACGGGCCGAUUAGUGGUGAAUAUAGAUUGCCGUGGUAUAUCAAAGUGUACUGGGUGCUGUUCAAUAUUGCAGUACCAUUAUCAUUCCUCAUUACAUUAUUUUAUUGGACAGUACUAUUUGAAGCCAAUAUUGAGGAAGAACUAAAUCAUGGACAUGACGUUGCUGUGCACGGGUUGAACUCUUUGAUAAUGUUCAUUCUGCUGAUAACGUCUUCGCAUCCAAGCCGCAUACUGCACAUCUACCAGCCACUAGUCUUUGCUGUUGUCUACUUCCUGUUCACACUGUUCUAUUACUUAGGCGGAGGCGUAAACAGAGAUGGCCAACCAUUCGUGUAUCCUGUGUUAAACUGGAAUAAAGCCGGACAGACAGUCGGUGUGGGUGUUGUUACUGGACUACUGCUGAUUCUGUUGUAUAUCUUGGUGGUCAGCAUAGCGCUGGCACGGGACGCGGUCUCUAGGAGAUUUGUCAAACCUAGGACCAGUGAACCGCCUGAAGCUGUGCCAUUGAGACAACAAGGACAAUCCGCUGUGUAAAUUAUGAUAUCUCGAAUACUUUUUUAUUAACUAACAUUAUUAAUUAACAUUAUAUUAUUGGUCAGAAAUUUUAAAUUAUUAAAAGUUAAAACGCCUAUUUAUAUAAGUAUGAAAUACUUAAGAAAGAUAUUGUCGUUGUGUCGUCGUGAAAUACUAAAAAAUGAUAUUAAUGUUAUUUUGGAUGGAAUGUUUAAACAACUAUUCCUCUUUAUUUAAUAAAUAAAUAAAAUUAAUAAAUAAUAUAUAACGUAAUUUGUAAAAUGAGUUUUGAAUUGAAUUACUGAACCAUUAAAAAAUACACAGCGUCUACAGCAAGCAAAUAUUGAAACAAUUUUUUGUGCCUUUUUUUUCAAUAAGUCUAAUGUAUUUAAAUAUUGUAGGUUAGCAGUGUCACUUUAACCGUCUCUCUAAAUAAGUACAUUCGACAUAAUAAAAUUGUAUUUACUUCGAAAGUAGGAAGAUAGAAUGGUUUACCAAAUAUAACAUCUCAUGCUUUGGUUGUGUACAAAGAAAUAUCGUCCAAAUACAUAAAAAUCAAUAAUUUACCUGUAAAAUUCUCAAUUAUUCCAAAUAAAGAAUUUACUUUAAAUUCUUAAUUCAUAAACUGGGUGUAAGAAAAAAAUGGCAAAAUUGAGAAUUUUAGAGGUAUAUAAUUAUUGAUCUCAGACCUUACUUAAACCGUCUUAAACGUCACCUAAACAGGUUUUCGUUUCGGAUUUUAAACUUUAAUAAAAAUAGGACUUUUUGUUACGUGAAACGUAAAAAACUUAAUUUAUUGAGAACAAUCAGUUGAGAUUUUGCGCUUUUUUAAAUCAGAAACCGGUUGUAAGUGUAUACCAUCUACCUUUUUAUAGGGUAAUUUGAUAAAUAUGUGUCAUUUAGGGAAAUGAAAUAGUUUGCAUCUAAUUAAUUCAAAUAGUUGUGUUAAUAUUCAACCAAAACUAAAAUAAGCUAAGUGAUAUUUAAAAUAAUUUUUACGCGCUUGUGUGUGUCUGUAUUUUGAAUUCUUUUAUUUAAGUAUUUGUUAGUUUUAUUUUUUAUUAUUUCGAUUGUAGGCAAAGUGAACAUGUAAUGUAAAAAAUUAAUAACUUAUUUAUAUCAAAUUGAUAUUAAAUGUCGGUUAACUUUUAAUUAGUAGUAGUCAUUAUAAAGAAUACAGAUUUUUU